GUGGCGGCUCCGGCGCGUCCCCGCUAGCGUCUCUUCCGGCCCCGCCCCUCCCGGCUGCCAUGACAACGAGUCCGCGCCCCGCGCAAGGCUGCCGCUCGGGCGGGACCCUGGCUGGACCGCGGCCCCCGGCCUGGGGACACAGCUGCUACCGCCGCCGCCACCUCGUCUCCUCCCUGUCCCCGCCCCGCGUCUCCUCACCUCCCUCGGGUCCGCGGCCGGGGUCCCUCCCCGCCGCCCCAACCCUGCGCGGAUGCCGAAGGUGAAGGCGCUGCAGUGCGCCCUGGCGCUGGAGAUCCGCUCUGUAACUUGCCCAGGAGUGGUACUGAAAGACAAGGAGGACAUCUAUCUUAGCAUCUGUGUGUUUGGCCAAUACAAAAAGACACAAUGUGUCCCAGCCAAUUUUCCACUGGUCUUCAAUGCCAGAAUGGUGUUUGAAAAGAUGUUCCCCGAAGCAGUAGACCCUGGAGAUGUGGUUGCACAGCUUGAAUAUGAUACAGCAUUGUUUGAGUUGAUUCAGCUAGUUCCGCCAGUGGGUGAAACACUGUCUACAUAUGAUGAGAAUACACGAGAUUUCAUGUUCCCGGGUCCAAAUCAAAUUUCUGGGCACCAUGACUCAAACCGCCAGGCUACCAUGAGGAGGAUAUCUGGCCUUCGCGGAAUUGCUCCAAAGCUGGAAUUUUCUACAACCUCAGUGAUUACCGAAUGUCUGAUAAGUUCAAGGAAGUGCCACACUCAGGAUAAAUUUAUUCACCAUACGGCUCCAGUUGAAAAAUCACAUGGCAGACUGCAAACCAGAACAUCAAGGUCACAAAAGAAAAAAUCCAAAUCACCUGAGAGAAAUAAAUAUUGCAUAAAUGCAAAAAACUACGAACAGCCUACAAUUUCUUCAAAAUCACACUCUCCAUCUCCUUACACAAAAAGACGCAUGUGUGAGCUAUCUGAAGACACUAGGCAGCGGCUGGCCCAUUUAAAUCUGGGGCCCUAUGAAUUCAAAAAAGAAACAGAUAAACCUCCAUUUGUGAUUAGACAUGUUGAUCCUCCAAGUCCCAGGGCUGAUGCUUUAUUUGGAUCUUCUGGCAGAGACUGUGAAAGAGAUGGAUGGUCCAGGCUGCACAAUGAUCAUUCUCACCUUCGCUGCUACCGACCCAAGGAUUAUAAGGUCAUCAGAACACCUCAUGGGAGAGACUUCGAUGACUCUUUGGAAAGAUGUGAUGACUAUUUGAGCUCAAGGUCAUGUAGCAAUCCCCAGCAUUCAUCCAGGACCUUACUCGUUCAUUCAGCACCCUCUACAAUGCCGAAGCAUUCUCCAAGCCCUGUAUUAAAUCGUGCUUCUCUCAGGGAAAGAUUCCAUUCUGACUGGUGUUCACCUUCAAACUGCGAUGAGAUCCAUGACCGGGUAAAGAAUGUCUUGAAAUCACAUCAGGCUCAUCAGAGACAUUUAUAUGAUGAGAGAGACCCAGAGAAAGAAGAUGAACUGGAAUUGAAAAGAGGUCUUUUAUAUAGAGACUCUGCCUAUGACAGUGACCCAGAGUAUAGUUCAUUUCAGCAGCCACGUGGCACUCUCCAUUUGGAUGAUGGCGAGUACUGGUCCAACAGGGCAGCCUCUUAUAAAGGGAAAUCUCACCGACCCAUCUUUGAGAACAGCAUGGACAAGAUGUACAGGAACUUAUACAAAAAGGCCUGUAGUUCUGCUGCUCAUACACAGGAAAGCUGCUGAGGCCAGUGGAGCAAGGCUGUUUAGAAUGUUGAUUAGAACAUUCAGAAAAUGGGACAGCCGUGAAUUUGCCUGAAGAUUCAGAAACAUGGCUUGGCUGGGGGACGAUGAUUAUUACCAGACUUCAAAUGUCAGCAAACACUUCAGGGUUGCAGGAGAGAAAAUAAAACACAUUAAGGUUUAAUGGAUUUUGCUAUGGGGCGUCUUUGGGGCAGCCAGGAUGGAAUUAUUUGCUGAACACAUGAUGGUCUUUUUGUUACUUGGAGCCUGUUAACACUAUCUUAUAGAAUAGAAAACAGCCAUUAGCUACUCACCAGUACAUGUGUGGAGAAUCCAGAGUUAGGGGCUGCCUUCCGGGAUCUAGUCAGCAUAGUUUGGGAUUAUAGUGAGUACCAUAGUAGGUAAAGUCAAAGGAGCUGGGUUAGUCAUUUGGACCUCUGUCGCAGGUGAGGUUCAUGCUCUGAGACUGGAGUUUAAUGUGCAGGGUGUUUAUGAGGGAGUGCCCUGGAGCCAUACCAGUGGAAGGGAGGGUUGGUUGAGCUGCGAUGUAGACCAGAUAGCAGCCUUGGCCAACCCCACCGCAGGGCUCUGGAACAAAAUGACCCAUCAGAGUUGUCUCACGUUAGGCUGACAUGGCUGAAACAUCUGAAACUUGUUUCAUGGCUGAAACAUCUGCCCGGGUGGGACCCCGGGCAAGGUGGCUGUGCAGCUGAGGCCAUCCCUGCUGGGGCUGCCUGCCCCCAGAACUGCUAGCAGCUGGGCAACAAGCCCUGUCCUUGUCUCCCCCCUCCACCUCCACGUUCUGUUAUAACAUAUGUGAACCAACUAGUUCCUGGAAGCCUAACUGGACAAAGAGAGGUUCCACCCCCCUCCCUUUCCCAGUUUCCCUCACAAAAUAAAGUCUCAAGUAACUCACAGUCCUAAAAUUAUUUUACACCGCUAGGCAGUACUAUCACCCCCAACACAGAAGCACAGAUCUAAUACUAGUUCUAUGAGGUAGGUUACAUUUUUCCCAAGCAAGAAUUUUAAGGAAGUUUUAAGCCCCGAUCUCUUCACCAAGCUCCAGAUCCAUAGAUACAAAAAGUUCUUUGGCAAUUCCGGUGGGCUAUCCUGCAGAUACCUCAACGUCAGUGUGCUCAAAUCUAAACCCAUCAUUUUACUAUACUUGCUUUAGGAUAUCCAUCCACCAACCCUUAUUAUUUUAAUUGUGGUAAAAUAUAUAACAUAAUUUUAACCAUUUGUACGUGUACCAUUCAGUGGCAUUAUGUACAUUCAUAUACUGUGUGUGCCCAUCACCACUAUCUAUGCCGACUUUUUCAUCAUCCCCAACAUAAACUCUGUACCCAUUAAACGAUAUCUUCCCAUUCCUGCCUCUCCCCCAACCCUGUAACC